UGGAAAUAACAGAGAGAGAGAUCUACAAAUAAGGUGGGCGGAUGGUCAAGACUUCCAGUACGCCGACAGACAGAGGCGAGAGAGGAGGUGGUGCGCUUGGUUCCUGGCGCCACCAUGGGCCACGUGGAAAUGCUGCUUGCCCUGGUGGUGGUGGCAGCUGCAACAGCGGCAGGGAUUGCAGAAGAAACGCAUGAACAACUUACGGAGACCCACAAUGCACCCGCACAGAUACAAAACAACGUGCCUACGGACCAAGGACAUGACCCACCCACGGACUCACAACAGACUGCCAUACUUGUGUUAGUGCCUGCUCAUCCGACUCGCGAGGCACCUGGCAGGCAGCAACAACUGACGGAGGAGAGGGAGGAGGGAGAGGAAGGGCUGAUGACGGAGAAGUAUCGACACAAACAACAGCUGACGGGAGUGAAGCAGAAACAGGAGGAGCAGGUGGCGACGCAGAGGGAGGGACGGAGCAAAGAAUUAACAGAGGUGGAAAAGAAAACACUGGUGGUCUCGGAGAAUCAAGAUGGGGUGGCUGUCGGUAACGUGACCAUGUUCGUAUUGGGCUUGUUCGCCUUGGCAGUCGGCGCCGUCGCCUUGGCCUUCGAAUUCCUGCCAAGGACAUCCAACAUCAGUCGCGUCGGUUACGAGCACACAGCUCACGGCGUCCGAGUUCCAAGCUUCGAGGAGGUGGCGGCGGUGGUGGCCGUGGUGGACCGAAAAGGGGAGGAGUACCAACGCUACUAGCAAUGUGGACCACGGUGGAGAGAGAGAGAGAGAGAGAGAGAGAGAGAGAGAGAGAGAGAGAGAGAGAGAGACGUUACCACUAUUAUACUCCCUCUUCCUCUUCCUCCUUAUCCUCCUCCUCUUCCUCCUCCUCCUCUUCUUCCUCCUCUUCCACACAGCUCACCUCUCCACUCAUCCACUGAAGCCCCAUCGCAUGACCAAAUAAAGCAGUAAACGGACCAUUGACGUAAAAAGGGAAAAAAAGUGUAACGCAACUGUACAUAAAACUAUCUUCUAGUAAAUUUCUGGGAACUGGGCCCGAGAAUUUAGGUUAGUGUAGUCUGAAGUAUGGUGGUGAGUGGGAGUCUGGUGGAGGAAAUGGAUAAGGGACUUUGAUGAUGUGUGAGAGAAUAAGACUUGGUGGGUCAUGGGUUUAAGGACCUUAUUCAGAAACACUUAGCAGCAUCUCUAUUACUUUUGAAAAUCUUGUUGUUUAUGUUACAAGAGUUUUCAAGGGUGUUUUUUUGUGUGUGUUUUUAGUGAUACUGACUAUGUUUCUAUAUAACGAACAGGAGAAACACUCUUGAAAAAUCUGGUUAUUCAUGUUUGUGGCCUGUGAAAAUAGUCGUUUUGAGAGAGCUAAGCGUUUCUACAUACGGACCUAAGUUUGAAAGAGGGUGAUGUUUUCUAUAUGGGAGGGUUGGCAUAGCAUGGUGGUGAAUGGCUUAAUUAGUGAAUGAUGUGCAAUACUCAGAGGCUUUAAUAUAUCUCGGUGGUUCAUUACUACUACCUUACGAGUCACCUCAGUACUAGGAUCAUAGGAUCGGUAAACUUGAUGAAGAACAUUGGAAGUGACUUACUUAAGAGGCACGGAUGGUAGAAAAUGGUUCAUUAUCAUUGCUUACUUAUGAGCCGAAAAUUCAAUACUCUCGAGUCUGAACUGGAGAAGUGAGUUAGUUAUGAAGGAGGAUACCAGAAAUUAUUUACUAAUGAGAGCACCGACUAUUCAAAACAUGAGAAAACGCUGAAGAAAUUAAUUAUCUAUGAUGAAGGAUGAUAGAUUUCAGUAGCUUAAGAGAAGAAGAACGAGAGAACUUUACUAAUAAGGGUGACUAAUAAGAUUAUCUUCUUUUGUGGAACAAGAUAAGACAGAUCAAUAAUAAUGAAGAAAGAGAGACUACUAGUUACUGUAAAGGACGGAUUAGAUAAAUUAGUUACUUCAAAAGCAAAGGAAAUAAACCAUAGUUACUUAUCAAGGAGAAACACUAAGCAUUUUCCUUGGACAGUUCGAUGUUCAGUGGUGGAGAAUCGAUAAGAUUUCAAAAGAAAUAGGAGAAAAUAAAAUAACCGAUGCAGAGAAAAAAACUGAUCACUUAUAGAAAACCUUUCAUUAUCACAGCACAGGUAUAAUCUUACUCUGUGUACUACCAUAAGAUAACAUUUUUUGUGAUAAUGUAUUAUGUAUAAUUUCCAAUUACUUUUAUUUUUCUGUCGUGUUUACUGCUAAUUUUGUGAAGCAUGGGGAGCCUGUAGCACUGAAAUAGUUACCCGGGAAAAGAAAUGAAAAUCGACAAACUAGACCAAAUGAAAAUGACAAAGGACAACUUUUUGGAGAAGAGACAAAGAUGACGGCUAAUUCCUUAACCAUGACUAUGAAAUGAGUCACUUACAUGCGGGAAAAGCACAAACUAGUGACUUAUUUUUUAUGGAGCAAAGAGACGUUUCUAGAUGGCUGUAGAUGGCGGGGACUUUAGGAAAGGGUGUCUCUUUCUCGGUGGAAUGAAGAAAAUGGGAUACUUUCAUAAGAGAGAAGCCUUUCGUGAUUAUUAUUACUUUUAUUAUUUUACUUUAUUUUAUUUAUUGUGUGUGUGUAAGAGAGAGAGAGAGAGAGAGAGAGAGAGAGAGAGAGAGAGAGAGAGAGAGAGAGAGAGAGAGAGAGAGAGAGAGAGUUUUGUAUAUAAAGUAUUUAAGAAUGGAAGUAAGGUAUAUUAACAUAUAUAGUCUUCAUUGUCAAUAAAGUAAAGAAUUUUGAAAAAUAAGUAAUAUAUAAAUGGAGUGUGUGUGUGUGUGUGUGUGUGUGUGUGUGUGUGUGUGUGUGUGU